AUGGCACAGGCGGCUGGACUACCGAGCUUUCUCUAUGCAUACGUCCUACACAAUUUAUGCAUGUUUUCAGCCAGUGCCCUUGUCCAAUCACUGGAGAAUGCAAAUUUGUCUGUACUUUGCACCGAUGUGCCGGAUGAAUCGGUUUUGUUGGUGAAUGAGACCCUUUCAGUCUUGCUGCUACGCUGCCUAGGUAGUGGACUGAAAGUGAAGGGAGGAGAAGAAGAGGGAGACGAAGGAGUGGGGAGAAGUCUUCUCGACUUCCUCAUAUACCGGGUUCCACAACAUCUCCACGCACAGGAUGGCCUUUCACCCAGUCGCAAAAUCCUUUAUCAGAAAGCUGCAAUCGCUAACCUUCUAGCUCUUCUAUCCACUGUGAGUGAAGAGAGUACUAAACUUGCAAGAGGUGAUGUGGAAGCCCUGUCGCAUCAUUUGACUGCUUUGGUCAAGCUAAAGCACAAAAGUGAGGAGCAUUUAGACUUGUUGUCUGGCUACUUGGGUGUGUUUUCCACGCUGGAUGGUGAAGAAAAGGCGGUUGAGGUGGGAGUCAUUGAGAUGGUGGUGAGCGUUCUUGAAAAGUGCCUCGGUUGUGAAGACUCCUCCACUGACAGUACCAUCUUUGACGGAUUGCUGUGCCUAUCGCGGUUGUGUGACGGGAACACUGAACGAUGUCAACGUGUUGGUCCCAGUGCUACGCAUGUUCUCAUUGUCCUUCUCAAUCGCCUUCAAACGCAACUGUGUGAUCAAGAAUGUCCAGAAAUCACUGAUUGGUGGGAUGCAGAACGGCGAAUGGGAAGUUGGCCUCCUCUCCACCGAUUGGUCAUGUGCGCAGUGGAAGCUGUUCAGUCGUGCGUGGCGAAUUGCUGUGAAGAUAGGCGCCUAUUCAUCCAAAAUGGUGGUAUCACGGUGCUACUGAAUAUUAUGGAGUGCAUCCCACCCGAAUUGAGCCAGCCAAUUCUCCGUUGUGUAUGCAAAAUCCACGAACACGAAAACGCUGUCAAGACCGAACUCAUCUCAUGGCAAGGUGUCAGACAGCAGUCUGCUAUGCCAAUUGACGAAUCCCUAUUUGAAAAGCCCGAGACCUCUUGCGAUGUCUAUCUAAUCUCACGAUGGAAUGCCACUUACUUCCUGUUAGAUCAAAAGUAUGCUAAAUCCCCUCAGGAGUGGAGUCCUCUCAUGAAAUAUGAAGACCUUUACCUACUCAUUUACCUUCUACUGAGUACUUUAAAUUUUGGCAAACACUUCCAUCUUGAGGCAGACGACCAAAUCACUAUGGUAGACAUUGAAAACUUCCCCAAUGCAAAGGAGAACGAAGUAGUUCAGCAGAUUCAGGCGGAUCUUAGAAGGUGCGGUGUCAACCCAAUCAUUGAAGACCAAGAUAAGUUGGAAAGGGCCAUACAGGUUUCCCAGACAAAGGCUGAACAAGUAAUGAAGAAGAAAAUGGACAUUAUUAAGGCGGCAAUUGCGUGUGACACUAGCCAAGAGGCCGAAUUUUACACUCUGCCCAGGGAAAUUAUGAGGCAACGCAAAGCGGCCUUGCAGAGAGACUUGGACGCACAGCUGAGAACAUCAAAUUACGCCUAUCUUUGUGCGUCAAGACGAGAAAAGCAACGCGCUAUCAACGAAUCGCGGCGGCGUUGUCAAGGUGGAAGUUGUGUCACCUCGACAACGAUUGAAACAUCCUCAUUGCAAUGUGCUGACACCUGUAGCCACCUUGACGAUCGCCACCAAAUGACCAAACUAGAUGGUCGCAUUGAAAGUGUUGUGGUUAGAAAACUUUUUUUGCAGAUAUGCUUUGGCCUCUUGCUGUUCUCCGUUGGAAUCCUGGCAACAAUACCUCUCGUUAUUGUAGCGGUAGCCGUGGAUUUAGCCAUUAUGGGAGAUGCAGAUCAUGCUCGUGGUGGUGAUGUUAAACCACAACUAGAGGGAGUGGAUAUUUCUGCAGAUGGUCUUCCAGUUCGUGGGACCCCUUCCAUGGUGCAUUCACAAGCUGUAGAAGAACUUGAGGCACUCUUGAAGCUUCAUAAUAGCUGUCAGCAUCUUCUUCGCCUUCACAAUGGCUUGGAAUCCCUCGGCGACCGAGUAAUUGACCUUCUGCGUCGCUGCAGUCUUCGCAAUCGUGGAAACCGUCCAGGUGUUGGGGAGGAACCCCAUACUGACGAUGAUAGUGAUGACGAUGAUGAUCUAGAGGUGGAGGAGGAUUAUCUGAACGAAUGGAAGUGUGAUUCGCCUGCAAGUUGUGGAAACAUCGAGGUUGAGGUUUCAGCAAUCGUGGCCGCGAUCAAAGAAGUGGAGAGCCAAUUGGCAGUUGAUACAUUCUAUGAGAAGUCGGAAGUCGCGCUCUUUCAAGCCUUCCUGCGAACUUGGCUCGAUCGAAAGCGGUUACUGCGGGACUUUGUCGACCACUACUGGUUGAACAUGGUGCAAAUCCACUCUAACCCGAAGGGGAAAUCGACUGUUGGCAGGUUGGAGAUUCUCGGCACCACCGCUGAAUUGCAAAGUCUCAUUAGUCUGAUGAACGCAUUGCAUGAAGCUGAGAAACGCGUCCAGAAUGUUGGUGAAGGCAUUUGGAAGUUGCUCUUUGUUCCUUGGCUGAAGUUUGUUACUUCUGAGAGAAAUUCAACGUCCAAACACCUUAAAUUUAACAUCGACGAAAGUUCUGGAAAGGAUUUGCAACAGUUCUGGCAUCUGGAGCUCAUUGAAGUCGACGCAAAAGAUGUCGAUGGUCUGACUUUUAUUCUUGACACCUGUCGACAGUUAAAAUCAACUAUGCUUGAUUUGUCCACCAAAUUCUUUGGCUUAUCUGUUGACGAUAGUCGUCGUCUUAUCGAUCUGUGUGUGACCGCAUCGAAGAUCUUCAACAUGGAAAUGGCCAAAAGUCUUCUGGAGGGAUGCUUCCUCCCCAAUUUGCCAGAUGCGCUUACCUCUCCCGAUGAUAAUACUGUGGAAUGUCGCGAGGAUGACAUUUCCAAGUUUAUUCUAGCCACAAACGGGGCAAUUUCUCCCCUCGUGUCAACUGCUCAGGAACUAGGCUACUUCCAACGAGAGUCAGUGGAUUGUCUUACAGAAUUCCUAAAAAGUCUUGGACGUUUAACCAUUCAACGUCAGGAUCAAGCCUAUGUUCAGGCUCUGAUGCGGAUUUUGGAAAGGGACGCCAAUUUCGCAACACUUGAGAAGGUACCCUUUGGUGAUGAUGUGCGGGUUGGUGGCGGCAAGAGAGAGCAGGGCGGUGCUGAUGUUGGUAAGGAGAACAGCAUCAGUGGGCUGACAGAAAGUCAACUGGAAGAAGUCGAACUGUCGAAACUCUUCCACAACGUUCAUCUCGAAUUCCCCGUUUGCCACAUCUCCAAAUCGGUAAUUCUUCUGCUCAAACAAGUGGAUCAGAUUAUCAAAGAUGCUGAUUGCUGUGACAAGGACCACCUUCCGACCGUUUUGCGCCGAAUUCCGCACCUCAUUCACCUCUACUCACAUUGUGUACCAACUUUGCACGCGGAACGCAUGAAGAACGAUCUCAGAUUCGUGGCUAUCUACCACAAUGAUUGUAUGUACCUCGCUCACCAAUGCCUAACCCUGGGUCGCCGCAAAAUUUAUCCCCUCGUCGAAUCAAUUGGUAGUGAAGAAAGCGAUCUUCGUACUCUCGCAUCUAUUUCCACCCUCCACCUUGUCAGUCCACUUCGGAAUUCCGCCACUUCUACACUGUUAACCCACCUCCGCGACCGCAAAGCUCAGCUGGGUGACCUAUUCAACUCCUGUCGUGGUCUAAAGGACUGCGCUGGUAAAGGCAGUGAAGCUUGCGAGAAGGCCAUUCUGGGUUGCGUCUCUCUCCUUCUUUUCGUCUUUAAUUCCCUAAACCUCCUCCCAGUUACCGUCUACCUGCGUAUCAUGGGCGUUCUGUCGGAUGAGUUUGCUCGCCUUCUCUGCGAUGCGGUGGUGGGAUUGGAGGAUAUAACCACGGUGGAGUGUUCCACGCUGCUACGCCUAAUCAACUCAGCCAUCCAAUCGAUAACUCGCAUGUUCGAAAAGCACCUGGAUGCUGCAUUUGAUCCCACUCUGGGCGGUGCUUUGGCCAAAAAUUGUGAAAAGAGCGUGAACGUAUUAUUGGAGCGACGCAUCCCUUCUUGGCCGCGCCUUGUCAGUCUUCAUGCCGUUUUGGCCGCUGCGUCACUCGAGGAGAUCCGUUUUCUUGCUAUUCCUCGCUCCUCUACCUCCACCAUUUCGCUCCGUCUCUCGACCGAUGAGGUGCGCCGUCUAGUACGCGCGCUCUUUCGUCCCUCUGCUGCGCGUUCAGCCCUCCUCCGCGACUUGGCCGGCGGUGGCAGUGACGCCAGUGGCGAUGUUUCUCGGUGA